AGCUCUGACUCCAGGCAAUCCCGGCUUUCCCUGAACCUGCUCCGCAGCCCCUUCCCAAAUAUUUUUCUGGAGGGAGCUCAAGGUCCCCCCGAGCAGCAGGACCAUGCUGGAGGAUGAGGAUGGGAUGAGCGAGCGCGGCCUCAGCAGCUCCCGGAGGAGAUUUGAGGAUGAGGAAGAUUACCACUCCAUCUACAUCGGGGUGCCGGUGCCGCGCGGUUACCGCCGCAAGCGGCGCCGCCGGAGAUCGCCGGGCUCCAGCCGCGACCGCACAAGCGAGAGCGAGCGGCACUUCGGCCACCGCGAGCCCUCGGACACCGACGACGGCGGCCAGGGCUGGCCCGAGAGCGGCAACGACAACGCCAGCAGGACCAUGUCCCCGGCCGCCGAGCGGCUCCGUUACAUCCUGGGGGAGGAGGACGAGCUGCCCAACCCCACACUCUUCACCGAGAUGGACACGCUGCAGCACGACGGCGACGAGAUGGAGUGGAAGGAAUCUGCCAGGUGGAUCAAGUUCGAGGAGAAGGUGGAGGAAGGCGGCGAGAGGUGGAGCAAACCCCACGUGUCCACGUUGUCCCUGCACAGCCUCUUUGAGCUGCGGACGUGUCUCCAGACGGGAACGGUGCUCCUGGACCUGGACGGAUACUCCUUGCCCCAAAUUAUAGACGAUGUCAUCGAGAAGCAGAUCGAGGACGGGCUGCUGAAGCCGGAGCUGCGGGAGAAGCUCAGCUACGUCCUCCUGCGCAAGCACCGCCACCAGACCAAGAAGCCGAUCCACCGCUCCCUGGCCGACAUCGGCAAAUCCGUGUCCUCCAACACAGCCCGCAGCCCCGUGCGGGGCCCGGCCGCCGGCGCCGCCUUCCACCGCUCCACCGAGGACCUGCGGAUGCGGCAGAGCGCCAGCUACGGCCGCCUGCGUCACGCCCAGAGCCGGAGCAUGAACGACAUCUCGGACACACCGAGCACUGACCAGCUGAAGAACAAGUUCAUCAAGAAGAUCCCCAAGGACGCCGAGGCCUCCAACGUGCUGGUGGGGGAGGUGGAGUUCCUGGAGAAGCCCUUCGUGGCCUUCGUGCGGCUGCUCCAGGCCACCAUGCUGGGCGGGGUGACAGAGGUGCCCGUCCCCACCAGAUUCCUCUUCAUUCUCCUGGGUCCAGCGGGAAAAGCCAAGUCCUACAACGAGAUCGGCAGGGCCAUCGCCACUCUCAUGGUGGACGAUCUCUUCAGCGACGUUGCCUACAAAGCCCGGGACAGGGAGGAUCUGAUCGCCGGCAUCGAUGAGUUCCUGGACGAGGUCAUCGUCCUCCCGCCCGGCGAGUGGGACCCCAACAUUCGGAUUGAGCCUCCCAAAAAAGUGCCCUCAGCUGAGAAGAGGAAGUCGGUGUUCUCGCUGAACGAGGUGGGGCAGAUGAACGGUGCCGCUGGCGGGGCAGGCGCUGGGGGUGGUGGCGGCGGCGGCAGCGACGAUGGGGAGAUGCCUGAAGUCCACGAGAUUGGGGAGGAGCUGGCCUGGACCGGCAGGUUUUGCGGUGGCCUCUACCUGGAUAUCAAGAGGAAGCUGCCCUGGUUCCCGAGCGACUUCUAUGAGGGUUUCCAUAUCCAGUCCAUCUCCGCCAUCCUCUUCAUCUAUCUGGGCUGCAUCACCAACGCCAUCACCUUCGGGGGGCUGCUGGGGGACGCCACCGACAACUACCAGGGGGUCAUGGAGAGCUUCCUGGGCACGGCCAUGGCCGGCUCCAUGUUCUGCCUCUUCGCUGGGCAGCCCCUCAUCAUCCUCAGCAGCACUGGCCCCAUCCUCAUCUUUGAGAAGCUGCUCUUCGACUUCAGCAAAGGCAAUGGGAUCGACUACAUGGAAUUCCGCCUGUGGAUUGGGCUGCACUCGGCCCUGCAGUGCCUUAUCCUGGUGGCAACCGAUGCCAGCUUCAUUAUAAAGUACAUCACGCGCUUCACCGAGGAGGGCUUCUCCACCCUCAUCAGCUUCAUCUUCAUCUACGACGCCAUCAAGAAGAUGAUUGGGGCCUUCAAGUACUAUCCCAUCAACUCUGACUUCAAGCCCGACUAUGUGACCAUGUACAAGUGCGAGUGCGUCGCCCCCGACCCAGCCAACGCGACCUUGUUCGAUGCUUCAGCUCCAGUGGCACCGAACACCACUAAUGUUUCUCUGUCCAAUGCUAUCAACCUCACAGCUCUGGACUGGACCCAGCUGAGUAAGAAGGAAUGUCUCAGAUACGGCGGCAGCUUGGUGGGAAAAUCCUGCAAAUUCGUGCCUGACCUGGCCCUCAUGUCCUUCAUCCUCUUCUUCGGCACCUACUCCAUGACUCUGACCCUGAAAAAAUUCAAAUUCAGCCGCUAUUUCCCUACCAAGGUCAGGGCUUUCAUUGCUGAUUUUUCCAAUGUCUUCUCCAUCCUGAUCUUCUGUGGAGUGGACGCCUGUUUCGGACUGGACACCCCCAAACUCCACAUCCCCAGUAUCAUCAAGCCCACCCGCGUGGACCGGGGCUGGUUCGUGUUCCCCUUCGGGAAGAACCCAUGGUGGGUGUACCUGGCCAGUGCCCUGCCCGCCCUGCUCGUCACCAUCCUCAUCUUCAUGGACCAGCAGAUCACGGCCGUCAUCGUCAACAGGAAGGAGCACAAGCUAAGGAAAGCAGCUGGGUACCACCUGGACCUUUUCUGGGUGGGCAUCCUGAUGGCCGUGUGCUCCUUCAUGGGGCUGCCCUGGUACGUGGCCGCCACCGUCAUCUCCAUCGCCCACAUCGACAGCCUCAAGAUGGAGACUGAGACCAGCGCCCCAGGGGAGCAGCCCCAGUUCCUGGGGGUCAGGGAGCAGAGGGUCACCGGCAUCAUCGUCUUCGUGCUCACGGGGAUUUCAGUUUUCCUGGCUCCAAUUCUGAAGUACAUUCCCAUGCCGGUGCUCUACGGGGUCUUCCUCUACAUGGGUGUGGCAUCACUGAACGGCAUCCAGUUUUGGGAUCGCUGCAAGCUCUUCCUGAUGCCAGCCAAGCACCAGCCCGACUACGUGUUCCUGCGGCACGUCCCGCUGCGCCGCAUCCACCUCUUCACCCUGGUGCAGAUCGUCUGCCUGGCCGUGCUCUGGAUCCUCAAAUCCACCGUGGCCGCCAUCAUCUUCCCUGUCAUGAUCCUGGCCCUGAUCCUGGUGAGGCGACUCCUGGAUUUUGUCUUCUCCCAACAUGACCUGGCCUGGAUUGACAACAUCAUCCCUGAGAAGGAGAAGAAGAAGGAGGACGACAAGAAGAAGAAGAAAAAAGGCAACAAAGGCGACAGCAGCAGCGAUGAGGAGGAAAGAGGGCCUCCACCUGGAGCUUUGCGUUCUGACUCCUCCCCGAACGGUUCGGACAUGGAUCGCAGUAUCACCCUGCACCUGAAGAUCUCGUGCCCAUCGUCUCCCGCCUUUAACUACUCCCGAAACCCCAUCUGUGCCGUGCCCCAGGUGAAGAUCGAGAUGGAGUCGGACUACGAGGACAGCGACACGGAAAAGGCUCCGCGGGACGUGGGCAGCGAGACCACGCUAUAGCCCCGCGCGCCGCCGGGCGGUUAAUUUAUAUAUAUAUAUCGAUAUCGCCAUAUUCAUAUAUAUAUAUAAAGGAAAUUGGGUUUAUUUCUCUCUGCCGGACGCGCGAGGCCCCGGCGGUCCCGGCACUCCGGUAGAUUUUAGGGUCGCGCGUUCUGGAAUUCCCUCUCUUCCCAUUGGGAGAAAAGGCAUCGCCGCUGGCGGCGGAAUGGGGCCGGAAAGGUGAAAUUGUGAUUUUGGCCUGGAAAGGUGGAAUUGGUGAUUUUGGCACUGAAAAGGUGAAAUUGUGAUUUUGGCACUGAAAAGGUGAAAUUGUGAUUUUGGCCCCAUAAAAAUGGGAUUGGUAAUUUUGGCCCCAGAAAGGUGGAAUUGGUGAUUUUGGCCUAGAAAGGUGGAAUUGGUGAUUUUGGCCUGGAAAGGUGGAAUUUGUGAUUCUGGCCCCAGAAAGGUGGAAUUGUGAUUUUGGCCUCAGCAAGUGGAAUUGGUGAUUUUGGCCUAGAAAGGUGGAAUCAGUGAUUUUGGCCCUAGGAAAGUGGAAUUGGUGAUUUUUGCCUGGAAAUUCGGGAUUGGUGAUUUUGGCCCCAGAAUGGUGGAAUUUGUGAUUUUGGCCCU